AUGUCUCCUCAGUCCGGUGACACCUGUUCCGGCUCCACAUAUGAAGCGUCCAGUGAUGAUCCAUGGCCCGAAGUCCCCAGUGAUGAGCCAUGGCCCGAAGCCCACAGCGACAAUCUCCGGCACGAAGCACCCAGCGACGGCCCAAGGCACGAAGCCCCGCAGCGACAAUCCCCAGCACGAAGCCCCCAGCAACGGUCCCAGGCACGAAGCCCCGCAGCGACAAUCCCCGGCACGAAGCCCCCAGCAACGGUCCCAGGCACGAAGCCCCCAGCGACGGUCCCCGGCACGAUUUCCCCAGCGACGGUCCCCGGCACGACGCCCGCAGCAACGGUCCCCGGCACGGAGCCCGCAGAGGCGGUCCCCGGCCCGGAGCCCCCAGCGACGGUCCCCGGCACGGAGCCCGCAGAGACGGUCCCCGGCCCGGAGCCCCCAGCGACGGUCCCCGGCACGGAGCCCGCAGCAACGGUCCCUGGCCCGGAGCCCGCAGCGACGGUCCCCAGUACGUCUCCUCAGUCCGGUGAGACCUGUUCCGGCUCCACAUACGAAGCCUCCAGUGAUGAUCCAUGGCCCCGGCACGACGCCCCCAGCGACGGUCCCCGGCACAAAGCCCCCAGCGACAGUCCCCGGUCCGGAGCCCCCAGCGACGGUCUACAGUCCAGAGGCCCAUGCGACGAUCCCUGCACCAGAGGCGCCACCGAAGUGGGGGAGCAUCAAACGGUGCGGGGUCUGCAUCCCGCACCGGCGGCUCCACCGAGAGUAGAUGCCCGACACGGACACGCACCUUAG